AUGUCACAGCGGCUGCGUAUGGAUGAUGAUUACACACCGAUCAAUGAUCUACCAGACACAUAUCUUCAUCAGAUUCUCUCAUUUGUCUCGAUAAAAGACGUCGCCAUCAUAACCAUGCUCUCAAAGAGGUGGUAUUCAGUUUUCCUCUCACAACCCAUCCUCAAUUUGGAUGACAGCCACUUUCGAGAUCCUUCCACCAGGACUUCAAAUUUCCCUUCUUUGGUUCUAAAUACCAAAACCUUGACAUUCCUCAAAUUGAAGAGCGUAACAAUCUUACGAGAUCCAGAUGUUGAUCUCCCGUUACUCAAAGUCCUUCACUUGGAAUCUGUUACUUUCGGACGUCCUGUUUACCUCAGCAAAAUUCUACUUGCCUGUCCCAUUAUACACGAUUUGGUAACAAAGGAUUUAGCACUAACGAGACUUAUUCGUACUCUGUCGGGUAGUAGACCUAUCGAUACAAGCUUAUCCAAAUUGGUUAGAGCUAACAUUUCUGGUUUGCAUAUUUAUUUUGAUCAGCUUCAUAAUGUGGAGCAUCUGCGCCUACAUAUGACUUGGCGAUAUAAUAUAUCUGCCAUCUUUCACAAUUUAACCUACCUCGACCUUACAUUUGACCUCCCUCCUCUACUGCGGGAGACCAGGAAGGCCAAGUGGAUCUGGCUGUUAAACCUGCUUUAUAAGUUUCCCAAGCUUCAAACUCUUAUCAUUGAUGAGGUUGAUACUUACAACAAUGAUGUUGCUGGAGAAUGGGAGGACCGAGAAAAACAAAUUGUACCAGAUUGUCUUUUAUAUCAUCUUACAACAUGCUCACUUAGAAGCAUAAGAAGCAUAAACUGUGAGCUUCAGUUUGCAAAAUAUAUCAUGCAGAACUCAGGAGUAUUGACAACUAUGAAGAUUCAGUUUGCCAAAUCUGCAGAGACCGCUUCAAAGCACCAAAUGUUCAAUGAACUAUCUUCUUUGUGCCCAGCCCGCAAAUGUCAACUUUUAUUUAUUAAUUUGAAUGAUAAUUGAUAUUGCAUGUGUGCAUGCAAUUACAACAACUUUUAAGCUUUUCACCAACAUUGUAAUAACUCUAAUAAUUUUGAGACUUUGUGUACAAUAGUUUAUCCUUAUAACUUUUAUGAUA